AUGGUGUACCCACAUGCUUUCCAUGGAGCUUGCAUGUUUCACUUACUCAAUAAUUUGAAAAGCAAGUAUGGCAGCCAUGGAGAAGAGCUACAAAUGAAUUUCAUUGUAGUAACAAAAGCAUACACAAAAAUAGAAUGUGAAAACUACAUGAGAGGCCGUGAUAGACUUGACAGAUGCAUUAGACCCUAUUUAGAGAAAACCAAGUAUGAAACCUGGGAAAGAUCAUACUCACCAACAAAAAGAUACAUCAUGAUGACAUCUAACAUCGCAGAAUCGCUCAACGCUGUACUAAAACUUGCAAGAAAUCUCCCUAUUGAUAUAUUGGUUGAAUGCCUUAGAAGUUUGGUUCAAAAGUGGGUUUGGAACAACUCAAAUAAUGCAAAUGGAACAUUCACAAAAGUCUCUACAGCAACAGAAAAUGAGUUGAGACAUGACAUUGUUUCGAAAAUGAAGUUUCAAAAAGAUGAAAUGUCUUGUGGGCAUGCAGUAGCUGUAAUUGCAAAGAGGAACUUGGGAGUGUAUGAUUACUGUGCAAAGUUUUACAAAACAGAAACGCUGAAAACAUUGUAUUAA